UUUAUAACCACUGUCUGCGGUAUACAUUAUUACCAUGAAACUUGUCAUCCUCGUGCCCUUGUUCAUGUUGCUUUUCGUCGUCUUGAUGAACUUUGCUCAAUGUUCUCCACAGUUUACAGAGUUAUUCUGCGCCAAUGGACUGAGUUCUAAAAUAAUACAAAAACGCCACGCGUGUUUUAUGAGAGAAUUACCAACUUCGAUGAGAAACGCAUGGAAUAAGUGUAAGAGUAAAGUCUUCAAGAAAAACUCUCGUGGUUACAUCAGAAAAAUGUGUUCUAACACAAAGGCAAAGAACAGUAUGUUUCAAUGCGUAACACAGAAAAUGGCAAACGGACAAGUUAACUUGUCGUCUCUGCGUGGAGAUUUAAAUUUACAGAAUUGUCUGGAAAUUAAUGGGCAAUGAAAUACGUCUUGGCGAAGUACAGCAAUGCUUGGCCUGGUAAAGAGACGAAUGUGCAACAGAAAAAAAUAUAUAUGUGAGAAAGAAUGAGAAGAUGAAGAAAAGAUGUUU